AUGUUCAGCUCACAUAGUUUACCUUAUCUGGGAGUGUUAAUAAUGGCGGUGGUCGCCAACAAUAUGCUGGACGAGUGUUUAUCAUCGAACCGUCGAUACACCAUGAAUGUUGUGCUGCUGGAGGACGACACUUAUGGGUGGAGUCGACCAUUUGUGCAGAAGGCCGUGGAAGAGGCCAUUGAAGAGGACAGGCUGGAGAACAUUAAACAUGAUUUAAACUUCACGUUGACGGCUAACUACAACGGGUUCAACACCAACGUGUACAACCGGCAGGGCUGUGGGAGCAGCACCUGUGAGGGAGUAGCAAUACUCAAGAUACUGCAUAAUAACGGUAAUGUUGGAUGUGUGAUGCUGGGGCCUUCCUGCACUUAUGCCACCUUCCAGUUAGUGGAUGAUGAAAUUGGCCUGAGCCUGAGUAUUCCCGUCAUCUCAGCUGGGAGCUUCGGCCUCUCGUGUGACUAUAAGCCUAAACUGACCCGAAUUCUGCCUCCGGCACGCAAGAUCUCAGACUUACUUGUCAACUUCAUGAAGGAACAAUUGACAUUUAAGGAUUCUUGGGCGCAAGUCUAUGUCUACAAGAAGUCCAGCAACACAACUGAAGACUGCUUCUGGUACAUCAAUGCAUUGGAAGCAGCCUCUUCCAACUUUGCCUCUAAGACAAGCAGAGAGAUGUUGCGAGGGGAAUUGGAUCUGAAGAAUGCACUCACCGCUAAGAAGAGACACAGCAACAUUUUCAUCUUAUGUGGGAGCCCUGACGAUGUUGUUUCAAUAAAGGGUAAGGUGGGCCAGAUUGAUGAGGACAUCAUGUUCAUUCUCCUCGAUAUUUACAACCCUGAGUAUUAUGUCAACACUACAUCCAGUGAGGCUAUGCAGGAUGUACUGGUGAUCACUCUGCCACAGAGGAACUACACCUAUGGAUCAAACUCAGCAUAUAACGACACGAUAAAUGACUAUGUGGCUGGGUAUCAUGAUGGGGCUCUGCUGUUUGGCAAAGUGCUCCGAGAAAAGAUGCUCAGCCAGCGCUAUAACAGAGCCUAUGAUGUGCCUCUGAGUGACAACCCUUUUGGAAACAUCUCCUUUGACGGUAUGGGAGGACACUAUGUGAUCGAUGAGUACGGUGACAGAGAUGUUAACUUCUCUAUUAUUUACACAUCAACUGUCACUGGCAAGUACGAAACCCUGUUAGUGUUUGACACAUCACGAAAUAAAACCGUAAUGAUGGACACAAACCCCGCCCUGAUUUGGAAUGGUCGCCUGCCUCGUGACGUGCCAGAAAAUCCAGAUAGUUUAGAUAUGCAGGACGUGAUUGUGAUCGUUCUGAGUCUCAGUGUUGUCGUGGUGACAGCCAUCGCUCUCAUCUUCUACAGGCAGAACAGGAAAGAGCGUCUUUUGCAGAAGAGGUGGUCUCACAUCAACCCGCAUCUGAUUGGUCCGCUGGAUGAGAAGGAGGUGUCUCUGAAGAUUGAUGAAGAUAAGAGGAAAGACAGCACGUUCUUCAAUCAUCGAGGCCGCUAUGACAAAAAGCCUGUAAUCUUGAAAGAGCUGAAACAGACAGAUGGAGACUUCACAGAGAACCAGAGGGUUGAGCUUAACACUCUGCUGCGUAUAGAUUACUACAACCUGACCAAGUUCUACGGCACGGUGAAGUUUGAGUACGGUGUGUUUGGGGUGUUUGAGCUCUGUCAGAGGGGCUCGCUCAGGUACAUUCUGAAUGACAGGAUCUCCUACCCAGAUGAAACCUUCAUGGACAUGGAAUUUAAGAUAUCAGUCAUGUAUGACAUAGCAAAGGGCAUGUCAUAUCUCCACUCCAGUAACAUCGAGGUCCAUGGUCGCCUCAAAUCCACCAACUGUGUGGUCGACAACCGCAUGGUGGUCAAGAUCACUGACUUUGGCUGUCACACCAUCCUGAGUCCAGGCAGAGAUGUGUGGACGGCCCCGGAGCAUCUUCGUAAAGAUGGAGUGUCUCAAAAAGGCGAUGUCUACAGUUAUGCCAUCAUUGCUCAUGAGAUCGUUAUGAGGCGACCCCCGUUCUAUACACAGAACUGCUCUGAUCCUGCAGAGAAGAUCUACAGAGUGCAGUUUCCCAACGGGAUGAGUAUCUUCAGACCUGACCUCAACUUUGACGGUGCGUCAGAAAGAGAGAGCGAGCUGUACACGCUGAUAAAAAACUGCUGGGAUGAAGAACCAGAACGCAGGCCAGAUUUUAAGAGAAUAGAGUUAACUCUGGGUAAGAUUUUCAGUAACCUGCACAACCAGGCCAGUGAGACAUACAUGGACAACCUGAUCCGUCGCCUGCAGAUGUACUCCAGGACUCUGGAGCACCUGGUGGAGGAGAGAACCUCUUUGUACAAAGCUGAGAGGGACAGAGCUGAUCGCCUCAACUUUAUGCUACUUCCUGGCCCAGUGGUGCGUUCACUGAAGGAGACGGGCCGAGUGGAACCAGAGCUGUUUGAGGAGGUGACCAUCUAUUUCAGCGACAUUGUGGGAUUCACCACCCUCUGUCACUACAGCACCCCCAUGGAGGUGGUCGACAUGCUCAACGACAUCUACAAGAACUUUGACAGCAUCCUUGAUCACCAUGAUGUCUACAAGGUUGAGACAAUAGGAGAUGCAUACAUGGUUGCAUCAGGUUUGCCCAAACGCAACGGCGACAGGCACGCUGUGGACAUCGCCCACAUGGCCCUGGACAUGGUGGCAUUUGUUGGGACUUUUGAGUUGCAGCACCUGCCCGGCAUCCCUCUGUGGAUCCGUAUUGGUGUGCAUUCAGGACCGUGUGCAGCAGGAGUGGUGGGGAACAAGAUGCCUCGCUAUUGUCUUUUCGGAGAUACAGUCAACACUGCAUCACGCAUGGAGUCCACAAGCCUGCCUCUGAGAAUUCAUGCCAGCCAGUCCACCAUCAACAUCCUGCAGAGGACAGACUGCAAGUUUGAGUAUGAAAAAAGAGGCGAGACGUACCUGAAGGGGAAAGGCAAAGAGAUGACAUACUGGUUAACAGGAGUGACUGGGGCAAAAUACAACCUGCCGACACCGCCAACAGCAGAGAACUUCCAGCGGCUCCAGCAAGACCUGGCGGAGAUGAUUGUGUCCAGUCUGGACAACCGUGGAGUUGGAAGUGAGGGCUUCAAAAACAGGAAGACCUUGUCCACCAAAGUCCGUCGGAGGGAGACCAACGGCAGCCUGCAGGGGAACAGCCCGCCAGAGUACUUCCACCUGGCUGUCACUGACAACCCCAGUACCUACCUGUGAUGAGAGGAGCUUUCUGCACAAUACCGGCCAAGAAGUAGCCGUCGUAGAAAAGCCUGUCUGAAUCAGCACUGCUGGGUUUCUUUGAGUGACAGUGGAGCAGCGGUGGAACAAGCAGGCGUGUUGAAAGUUAGACUUAUGUGUUGAUGAUAAACAUGCCUGCUGCAGGGUUCUCCCGUCCCCCCCUUCAGCACCCAUCCCCGUGCUACAUAAAUGUAACUGUUUAUUUAGUUCUUUUUUUUUUAAAAAGGAAAACACCCUCAGAUACUUAUUAUAUAUCAUUCAAGAUGUUUGUUGAGUUUUGUUGUGGUGGAAGAAGUGCUAUAAAUAAGCCCCCUCCUCUUUCUUUUGUGUGGGACAGACACAUUCUCACAGUUAUUUGUAUCAGCAACAUCCCUAUAGCUGUGUUGUACUCAUCAUUACAUUUGCCCUGUUAGUCAUGCGAACAAGAAACGAAAACACUGGUCUUAAGAGUAGCACACACUGGCAAUAUCUACCACAGGGUUUAUUUAGUCUGGCAUUGUUCCACAAAUAAUGGCUAUAAAUUGUACCUGGAACUGUUUUGGGUGGAUUUUCCGUUUGAAUUGUUUCAAAUAAAAAUAGGAUGGGGUUAUACCUUUUUGCUGUUUGUAACACACAACCGUUAACUUCUCCCUGUGGACGAUGAAACUCACACAUGGGUAUUGUCACAACAUGGAUUUUAGUGGGGGAGUACUCCUUUGAGAUCUAUUCAAAAAACACAUGGUUAGUUCUCUCCAAAAGGAAUCCAAAUAAUGAUAUUGAAUGUACUCUUCUUGACUUUACUUUUAACAGUUCUCCGUUAAUGUUUAGAUGUUGCCAGAAGGAAGCUCAUUGAUUGAGAAAGUUUGACAAAAUUAUUUACCAUGUAAAUUGCCUUUUCUGCUGCAAAGACAGUGAAACUAUAUCCAAACAGUACUUGUCAUACUAUAGCGGACAUCUGAGAAUAUUUCUCUUUCACACCACAACAAUGCUACCUUGUUUUUAGAACAUCAGAAAUAUUUCUGUAAUGAUUUUGCUUUUGUGUUUUAUUAAAUGAUGUUUGAAA